AUGUUCAAUUCCCCGAGGCCUGCCCAACGAUAUGCGGGCGCGACUUCAGGAAAUUUCGGCGGGAGCUUUGUAGAUGAUAAUCCGCUGGCCUCCUCUGUAUACGACGGUCUUGACCCGUGGAGUGCUGCACCGAGCCCAUCCCCUCCGCCAAUACCGCCCGCAGCUUCAAAUACGGUGUUCAGCUCAGUAAUAGCGGAUGCCACCGUUCCGUCUAUCUACAAUAAGGCCUUCACCGCUGUGGACCCAGAUGGUAUCGGAGAGACGUCGGUUAAUGCGUUGUCGCGCGUAUUAGGGACCUCGUCGCUUCCAGCUGCGACAAUUGAUAAGAUCGUGAAUCUGGUCAGUUCACGGCCUCGAGUCUCUAAACUUGAGUUCUUUGUCGCGCUGGCUUUAGUUGCAUUAGCUCAGUCGGGAAAGGAUGUAAGCAUCGAACAAGUCGCAGCAUUGUCAUCCCGAAACGACCUCCCCGAGCCCAAACUCGACCUCAGUUCGCUCGUGCCGUCAGUCUCGACAUUUCAACCCCCACCCCCUCCGACGUACCGGCAAAAUACUACCUCUACUGUAGCUGCCCCUGGCCGUUCACCUGGAGGCAUCACCGAUGACCCAUGGGCGACUGGCACUAGCAAUGUGCGCUUCGGAGGCGGACUGGGGACCACACCAAGCGGUAGCGGUUUUGACGGCGCACGAGGAAGUCUGGCGAAUGGUGCACCGUCGAGUUUAGCUGGAACCGGCCUGCCGAAAGAGUGGUGGAAGAGGCAGGAAACCGUUCGCAUCACCAUCCUAGGCCAGCAAGGAUUUAUCCUAAACCGAUAUACGGUGUAUGAAAUCAGCACCGAUAGGGGUAACCCAGUAACAAGACGAUAUUCUGAAUUUGUAUUCCUAUGGGAAUGUUUGACGAGGCGGUAUCCGUUCCGUCUGUUCCCAGCGUUACCUCCAAAGCGCAUAGGCUCCGAUGAAUAUUUCCUUGAGCAACGACGGCGUGGCUUAAAUCGCGCACUAAACUUCGUUAUAAAUCACCCAGUCAUCAAGGAGGAUGGCUUAUUGGCAGUUUUCCUUACUGAACCCUCUUUUGAAACAUGGCGAAAGCACACAUCCGUAUCUUUGGACGAAGAAUCUGCCAGCAAGCGAGUCGAUCGUCUUGAAGAAAUGACCAUACCAAGCGACUUGGAAGACAAAUUGGCCAUCGUUAGGAAUAAGAUUCCAGCAUUAAUUGAACAAUGGCAGCGCAUAUGUAUACUUGCUGAACGGAUUAUCAAGAGACGGGAAGCAGCAGCGGUACGAAUCCCAUUUUUUCCUAUUGGCAUUGCCAGAGGAGACGCUCAUGUUAAUGCGGAUUCCUCCUUCGGCGUCCCUCGUCUAUUCAACUCUCUUGCUUCACCUCAACUGGACUCCUCCGUCGCUUCUGUCGCUUCCCUGCCUGGCUCUCCUCGUAUCGAUUCCUCCAUCUACGGUGGCCAUGGUGCCAUGCCCAACUCCAUGUACAUAUCCACCGCCAAUAUCAAUACCUCUGGCACGCAACAACAGGGGGAUUUAUCUAGGUUGACUAACACGUUGCGGGCUGUGACCGAAGUCAUGGAGCAUUCGUGGAGAGGAGAGGAAGAUGAACUUUCAUCUGGGGUGCGCCAGGGGUUAGGUCAAGUUGCGAUGCACUGUUCAGUGCAGGCCGAGAUUGCCGAGCUUAGAACACGGACGCUUUUCGACACAACAUUGGAGUCUUUGAAGUCGCAACGUGAUCUAUACAUUGCUAUGCGCGAUCUUUUCGUGCGACAAGACCGGUUGUCGAUAGACCAAGUGGACAGGCUAAAAAAACGAGUGGAGACAACAUCCGUCCGAUUGGAUGGCAUCAAGUCUGCGCAGAAGGAGGGGUGGCAAGAGGAGGCCGAAAAACUGGUUUCCGCCAUCGAGAGGGACCAGGCGACCAUCGCCGCUCAGUUAGCGAGGAGAAUAUUCAUCCGAGCGUGCAUGUGGCACGAACUUCGAGUGGUAUUCCACAAUAGGGAGAACACAAUGUUGACCGUGACGGCGCAGGCUUUUGCGAGGGAGGAGCAUGCAUUCGCCGAGAGGGUCGUCGACAAUUGGGCGUCUAUGAUAGAUGGUAUAGAGAACAUGCCAUAUGAGUGA